UAGCAACAAUAGGGUUUGGCAGUGUAUUCAAUCAGUCUAUGAUUACGACUUGUGGAGCGUCCAGAGUGGCGCGAGUUUUUUUCUAAAAUGGUAUCGCUCAUUUGCUUUCAAUGGCUGGUUUUCCAUACAUUAGUGGUGACAAUAUUUGCGGGAUUGCCAGGAUAUGAUUCGAAAAUCGAAGCAGAUGAUUUAACAACAAAAAUGCGUGCCAUCAGUAAAGAUCUUGAUCAACAGCUUCAGAGUAUUAUGGCUUCACAAGCCGUAAAUUUUACAUCCGUGAAUACAACGGGGCUGUCUUACAACGCCACCACGAAGUUUAAUCCGAAAGGCAUGGGACAGCUAUAUAAUGUCACUAACAUGUUUAUAAAUAUUAUUCAGUCAAAACAGGCUUAUCCAGAAGGACUGAUUACAGCAAAAAAUGGAUGGUUGGAGUUUGCCGACCCAAUAAAACAGUGGAAAAUACUAGUAACUCAUUAUGGUGGGCUUGGUGGACUCGCUGUUAUCGGCAUAAUCUUUGCUGCCAUUAUUCCUUUUAUUGGUUUAUUCUUUUGUUGUUGCCGAUGUGCUGGUCAUUGUGGAGCCAGAAGUCAACCAUUUGACAAAAAACACGAUCAUUGCCGAAAAAUAAUGCUCAACAUUCUUAUGAUUGGAGUGUCCACGAUUAUACUAUUCGGUGUUGUUUGUGCUUUUGUGACAAAUGAACAAAUGCAAGAGGGCACUGAAAAUUUACCUAGUAGAGCCAAAACUAAUCUCAAAGAUGUCGAGCUUUAUCUUACCACAACUAAAAAACAAAUUAGCACUCUGCUUACAACAAAUUAUAAUGAACUUAAAAUCACGCUCAAUAAUAUUCUUCAAGCAAGUGGAAAAAUUGUUACUGAGGAACUUGCAGCGUAUUCUCACGCUGUAUCACUGACUAAUUUAAAUGACAUUGUUUCUGGCUUAGAUGCUAUUAGACAAGAUCUUCGGAUGAUAGAUAAACUGACCCGAGACUUAAGAACUAAUGCAAGCCAAUUAGAUAUAGUCGUUCGAGGUGUUAAAAAAAGUUUGUUAGACACAUUAACAGCAUGUAAAAAUCAUGAAUGUCAGCAAGUAUUACACGAUUAUAGAAUUAAUCAGAUGUCGAUACAGGUGGACUUUGACAAAUAUAUGGACCAAUAUUUUCCAAAGCUACCUGAUGUAUCCUUAGCACUACGUAAUAUAACAUCACUCAUGGAAGGAAAUAUUGUAUCAGAAGUUAGUGCAGGCAGAGAAUCUUUUUUGAAGAUUCAAAGAGAUAUCCAACAGGCUGUGAACGAAACGAUACCUGUUGUUAGUGCAAGUAUUGAAAAUGCCGGACACUCAUUGGCUAAUGCGUCUAAUAGCAUCACUUCUCUUAUUGAUAAGAUCAAUAAGGAUAUUAACAAAGUAUAUAUUCCUUAUUUAAAAAUUGCUCAAGAUAAAAUUGAAGGAUACUCAAUUUACAGGUAUUACCUUGGUCUUGGAGUUUCUAGUGUAUUAUUAACAAUACUUACUUUUUUGACAUUUGGAUUAUUAUGUGGUAUUUGUGGCAAGCGUCCUGAUGGUUUUGGAGAUGAUUGUUGCAACAAAGGAACUGGUGCGCGCUUUCUUAUGAUGGCAGUAUGGAUAAUAUUUCUAUUGACGAGUGUUUUAAUAGUCAUAACUUCAGCUCACAUGAUUAUGGGAGUUAUGACUCAUCGUGCAAUUUGUGAGCCUUUACAAAACCCUAAUGAAAAUCGUAUGUUUGGAUUAAUUGAUGAGAUAGUUCAAGUUAAGCAGUUACUUUAUCCGAAUAAUUUAGAGGCAGAUAUUAAUAUAACCUGGAUUGUAACUAAGUGUCACGCGAAUGAAACAUUAUAUAAGGUUUUGAAAUUAGAAUAUUUAAUGGAUUUAGAUUCACUUAAAAAUUUUGUGGAGCGUUAUGCAAUUAGUAGUACAAUUGAUCAAUUACGGGAAAUGAUAAAUCUUUCUCCGGGAAUUGUGAUACUUACAGAGAGUGCUACAUCAAAGUUAAAUGACUUAGCUCAAAGUGGCUUGAGUGACAUAAAAUUUUAUCAGUAUGCAGAACGUUUAAAAGGUAAUAUAACAAAUGUUAAUUUAGAGCACCUUGCAAAUGAAUUACGACGAAUCGCCACUGCAUUGCCAAAUAGUCAAGCGAAUAUCAGCGACAGCCUCCUAAAAAAUGCUCAUGAUUUAGAACAUUAUCAUAAAGAUUUAAUCUUACCCAUGACAUUGUUAAGUGAACAACUUAGUACAAGUGCUCUCACACUUCAAGAACAUAUCAAAUUCAAUCAUGGUUCUAUGUCAGAAGCAAUUCAUAGUUUAGUAAAUGAAGUAAUGGUAGCUCAACAAUUUCUGAACAAAGAUGGUCCAAAAUAUGUACAAAUUCUUGCUACGAAGUUUGGAGAUGCAUUCCUUCAUCAAGUGAAUGAUUUUUUGGAACACUUGAUAAAAACUGCACGUGAUACGAUAGGUCGAUGUAGUCCUGUUUCUUAUGCUUAUAAUGCUACAAUUGUAGCUGGGUGUAAUGAAAUUCUUGAUCCAUUUAAUGGAUUUUGGAUUAGUGUAGGUUGGUGUCUUAUUUUAUUUCUGCCAACCAUAGUCUUAUGUGUUAAAUUAAGUGCAUUAUAUCAGAAGUCAGAUCCUUACCCAGGACCUCUCGUUGAGUCUGUACAUGACAAAAAUCAUGAAUGCCAUAGUAGAAGUUCUAAUAUGUAUGUCGAGAGUUAUGAUAGUCCUUCAGCAGGAGUGUACACUGGACCAGCAAGAGCUAUUGAAGCUCAUCAAAGAAGCUCUCACUAUAACUCACGAUACUCCGAUCAAUCAUCUAAGAAUUUUUCGAAUAGCGGACCACCUAGAUAUCAAGUGACUCCAGGAGCUCCACCUCUAAGACCGGAAUACGAAAGACCACCCCCUUAUUAUUUUCCAGGAUCUGGAAAUCGAAAUUAAAUUAUGUUCCGUCACAUGUACUGAAGUUACCUUCAACAACGUUACUGUUAACAACUGAACUCGCAGUUAUAAGAAAUCAUUAAAAAAAUAAGGAAUAUAUUAAUGAAGUAAAAUAUUCAACUGUUAACUCUAUUCUACAAGCGUGUCACGACUAUCGAAAAUAUUCAGAAGCCUAUGUGAUGAACUCAGAUAAUAAUUAUGAACAUAGAAACUAAAAAAGAAAAAAAAACGAUUUUUUUAGAGUAUUUUUUAUCUAAAGUUAUGAAUUUAAAAAAAAUGGCUUUAUAUUUUCUGUUGAACUUCAGAAUUUUUUAAUACUUUCAUGAUCAAAAAUGAAUUAUCAGUUAUUAUAUUGAACAUGUUUCACUUUAUACAAUAAUGAACAAUUGGAUUGAUCAAAACUAAUUCCCUAAUAUGAUGGUCUAUAGUAGUCUCAAUUAAAAAGUAUACCUCAGGUAUCAUCGGCAUUUCAUCCCCAUACUAAUGAAAUAGGAUUUUGUUGAUAGUCGAGCACAUAUACUUCGAAUAAUUUCUGUAAAAGGGGGUGAAAAUUCGAGGUGCACUCUUUAAUUGGGACAACUAUUAAGUAUUUUCUAGACUAACCCUACAGCGGUAAACUCCAAAAACCAUUACUUUUUGCUCUUGUAUCAUCUAACUGAAUUUAUGUAUGAAAUAAAAUAUAAUAGCUAUAAUAUAAUAAUUAUCGAAAGAUGAUAGCCUGUAAAAAAAACAUUUUCCAUACGUCCACGAAAUUGAAUCGAAACAAUUUUGAAAACCUGUGAAUCGUAUUUGGCCGAUUGUAAGAAAACUAAUACUUUUAAAUUAUCACUGUAAUGCGUAUACAUGUAUAACAACAGCAACAUUAAAAAAGGGCUCGACAUUUUUUGAGGCUUAACGCAUACAUAACAUACAUUUAUUUUUAAAGUAGUAUAUGUAUGGGCACCUGGCCAAUAUCAAUUGAUACGAAACGAGUUAGCUUAGAUUUUUAGAUAAGAAUUAUAAGGUGCUUUCCGAAAAUUUAUAAAUAGUCAGUGAUAAAAAAAUUACUUUUUUUUUUUAAUUAUUUCUAGAAAACGAUAAGACUUACAUCGUUAAUGUCCACGGACAAAUAGGAUCAAUUUUUAGUUUAUCAAACUUAUGCCAAUUAAUGAUAAUUAAUAGAACAUUAGCUAUCAAAAAUUGAACUUUAAAUAAAACUUUAUAUACAAAUGAGGUUGAGGCUUGAAAAAAAUGGUAUUCUGCAAAACUUUUUACUUAUAAAGAUUGCGAUAAAACAAACAUUUUCACACCGAAGCCGACUCGUUAUUUUAAAAAAUCUAUUUUUUACAAGCAAAAAUUUUUUUAUUUUUUUUUUAAAUUUAUAUAUCCGUAAAUAUACAUGCUAUGGUACACAGUGAUGUGUCAAGUUGCUCCGAAAAUUUCAAAUUUUGAUUUAUAUAUUUCAUACUAUUUUUUUUAAUAACUUGAAAAAGUUACAGAAAAUAAAAAAAACUAGCAAUUUCGUCUCCGUGCGCUCUUGAGAGUGUGCUCACCCAGUUCAUAUGACUUCGUCGUUACUCUUAUCGUAGAAUAUAAAAUUGAAGAGUGACUAAUAAACAGAGUCAUAUAUCAAUAUCAACACAUCGAGUGAGCCCCCCCUCUCUCCCAUGCAGCAUUCACGAGUGUUAAGAGCGCGCGGAGAUAACAUCCGGAGACACAGCAGUGACAUUCAACAUUGAUCACAAAUUGCAUAAAUAUAAUAUUUCUACAAAAAAAGGCUAAAAUCAUAAAAACUUUAAGUAACGGGAGUUUCUCAUAAUUAAAAAAAAUAAAAUUUCUUUGGGCGCAAUUGAGGGGUAACUGAAUGUUUCAAUGACGUCGAUGCAGCGGAUGUCUUACAGCAAUAGUCCGUGCUCACAGUUUCCGCACCCCUGGCGAAUCUAAUUCGCGGUAAAGUCAUGGUGAUUCACGGUAAAAUCACUGGACUUUUACCGUAAAUCACAGCAAUUUUACUGUGAAUCACUAUACCCGUGAAAAAUGAAUCAUACGUGGCCAUAUAUGAAUGCUCCAUAUAUGGCCAUGUAUAGAAAUUGGCCAGGCAUAGUCAUAUAUGCCCAUACAUAGCUUGAUACGGUCAUAUAUGACUUGAUAUAUCGACUACGUACAGAAAUUUCUGUAUUUUUGAACAAUUCGACUCCCAAACAAAUAGAACAAUUUCGAUUCCGACUCUUGAACAACGCGAUUUACGACUUUUAAGAACAAUCCGAGUUUGAUCAACGAACAAUCAAUCGCGAGAAAUAAUUUCGACCGCCUUCGUGAACAAGUGAACAAGCCGAAGCCUCGGCGCGAAAAUAGAACAAAAAGUACGAACGAGCUUCGAUAAAUAAGUGAAGUGCGUUUGUGCAAUAUUAAUUAAAUAAUUAAUUACGCGUAAUAACUGUAUGAUAGUGCAAUUUAACGCGUUACCGAAAUAAAAUAUUAUUUCUAUUUUAUUUUAUUUUACUCGACAUUUUCUGAGAAUUGCGGAUUAUCUCUUUCUCAUUCGUUGUGGCAGUCGAUCUUGCUGUGUAAAAUACUCUGACGUCACCAGUCGAGUAUUUCGUUAGAACCGACUGUUUUUUUUAUUUUGAGUGAAAACUGACUUUACCUUUCGAUCAAGUACGAUUAAUUUCUUUGAUAAUUUUGUUUAUAUCGAGUCAAGCCGAAACCGGCAAAUUAUAUUUUAUUUUGUAACCGAUAAUUUUUAUUUGUAACUCCGAUCACUUUAUUUUCUGUGUUCAAUAUAUGACGAUUUAAUUUUUUUGUAA